AUGAACCUUCACUGGAAGAAGCACAAGAAGGAAUGCACCCGCAGCAAAGUCAGCAAGCCGACUCCCCCGCCCCCAACAACAACCAAACCCGCCCCCAACAGCUCCUCGUCCUCGUCCAUCCCCUACGUCGCCGGGGAGAAGCUGCCGAGGGGCCUCAAGAAGCCCGUCAACCCGGACCUGGGCUGGAAGCGCCUAUCUAAGGGGACCUGGUUCCACAACCGGCCCGAGUCGGACGUCUACAAGCUCCUCAUCGACGUCUACCGCCUCCGCAUGGACGACCGGUGGGACGUCGCCAAGGCGGCGGAGCCGGGUUCGCUGUACGUCCGGGGCGCGACCGACGGCGCGGCGGGCUUCAGGACCUUCCUCGACAAGGCGGCGCGGGUCAGGUCCGACAAGGGAUACCGUCUGCUGCCGGACUGGUGGAGCAAGGAGAAGCGGUCGGAGUGCGAGGCGCUGGGCGCCGACGCGACGCAGUGGACGAGCCUGUCGAGGAAGGUCGGCAAGUGGGACGUCCACAAGCACUACGACGACAUGGGGCUGGCGAUGCAGUUGAGGAGUCUGGCGGAGACGAUCUACAACAGCUCGGUUGACGGGAGGAAGAUUGCGAAGAUCCCGGAUGAGCUUUUUGAGCGGGAUCCGGAGCUGGAUUACUACGGUGCUUACGACGAUUUGUCUGAUUCGGACGAUACGGAUUCGAUGGACUUUGAUUACGAUGAGGCUGAUUUGAGAUUCUGA